AUGAAUCCCACUUCCUCCCGAGCCGCGGUGCGCUCUAUGGCCACCUUGACACAUGCGGCCAGAGCCACCCCCGCAGCUCGCACCGCGUUGUCGCCGUUUGCUACCCGGUCGCUGAGCUCUAAUACCCGUCAAUUUACUCAGUUCCCCCGCCUUCAAUCUUUGAACACUUUUUCCAACAAGCGAGCCUUUGGAACUACCGUCAGAAUGUCUGUUGACGCUCGUACUGAGAGCGAUGCCUUCGGUGAAAUCCAGGUCCCUGGAGACAAGUACUGGGGUGCGCAGACCCAGCGCUCCCUCGGCAACUUCGACAUCAACCAGCCCCAGGACCGCAUGCCCGCCCCGGUGGUCAAGGCCUUCGGUAUCCUGAAGGGUGCUGCUGCUGAAGUGAACAUGAAGUACGGCCUUGACCCCAAGAUUGGUGAGGCUAUCAAGCAGGCCGCCGCUGAGGUUGCCGAGGGUAAGCUGCUUGACCACUUCCCCUUGGUCGUCUGGCAGACUGGUUCCGGUACCCAGUCCAACAUGAACUCUAACGAGGUUAUCUCCAACCGUGCCAUUGAGAUCCUCGGUGGCACCAUGGGCUCCAAGAAGCCCGUCCACCCCAACGACCACGUUAACAUGUCCGCCUCCUCCAACGACUCCUUCCCCACCGUUAUGCACAUCGCUGCCGUUGUUGAGCUCGAGCAGUCCCUUCUGCCUUCGCUCAAGGGUCUCCGUGACGCCCUCCAGGUGAAGGUCGACAAGUUUGAGCACAUCAUUAAGAUUGGCCGUACCCACUUGCAGGAUGCCACUCCUCUUACUCUUGGCCAGGAGUUCUCUGGCUACGUCGCCCAGCUCGACCGUAACAUCGAGCGUGUCCAGGCUACUCUUCCCCACCUGCGCUUCUUGGCUCAGGGUGGUACCGCUGUCGGCACUGGUCUCAACACCUUCAAGGGCUUCGACGAGGCCGUUGCUGCCGAGAUCACCAAGCUGACCGGCACAGAGUUCAAGACCGCCCCCAACAAGUUUGAGGUUCUGGCUGCCCACGAUUCCAUCAUCGAGGCCUCCGGCUCCCUGAACACCCUGGCCGCCUCCCUGUUCAAGAUCGCUCAGGAUGUGCGCUACCUGGGCUCCGGCCCUCGCUGCGGCCUGGGCGAGCUGAGCCUGCCCGAGAACGAGCCUGGCUCUUCUAUCAUGCCCGGAAAGGUCAACCCUACCCAGUGCGAGUCCCUCACUAUGGUCUGCGCUCAGGUUAUGGGCAACCACGUCGCUGCCACCAUCGGUGGCAUGAACGGCCAGUUCGAGCUCAACGUCUUCAAGCCCGUGAUGAUCGCCAACCUGCUCCACAGCGUGCGCAUCCUCUCUGAUGGCAUGAACAGCUUCCGCUCCCACCUGGUAGAGGGUCUCGAGGCUAACGAGGAACGGAUUAACUCCCUUCUUAACGAGAGUCUGAUGCUUGUGACUUGCCUGAACCCUGUUAUUGGUUACGACAUGGCCUCCAAGGUGGCUAAGAAUGCCCACAAGAAGAACCUUACUCUUAAGGAGAGCGCCAUGGAGCUCAAGGCUCUCAGCUCGGAGGAGUUCGACAAGCCGCCGAUCUCCCUUGCGACCCCGGCCCCUGAUAAACAACCUGCCCUCAACACUCAAUCUCUUCAACACUCCUCCUCCCCUGCUCUCACCAUCAAAAUGACCGCACACGCCCUUCCAAGCACAACAAUCCCCGACGCUACGAAGACAAUCAUGAGCUCAACCAUCACCCCAGUGGACGCCGCAGUCGAACCCCUCACCGAUGGUCCCCUCUUUCCAUCCACCCUCAUCUCCCCCGAAGUGAUCUCCCUCCUGCCAACAGACUACACAAUCCGGCCAAUGCGCCGCUCAGACUACAACCGCGGCUACCUGGAUGUGUUGCGCGUGCUGACAACUGUUGGCGAUAUCACCGAGGAGGCGUGGAACCAGCGGUACGAUUGGAUUACCUCGCGCAACGAUGAGUACUACAUGCUCGUGGUCUGCGAUGGUGCGGACCGAGUCGUCGGAACCGGCAGUCUGAUUGUUGAGCGCAAGUUCAUUCACUCGCUUGGUAUGGUUGGGCACAUCGAAGACAUUGCCGUUGAGAAGAAUCAGCAGGGCAAGAAGCUUGGCUUGAGAAUUAUCCAAGCUUUGGAUUUUGUUGCUGCCCAGGUUGGCUGCUACAAGAGUAUUCUUGACUGCUCCGAAGUCAAUGAGGGUUUCUAUGUCAAGUGUGGCUUCAAGCGCGCUGGCCUCGAGAUGGCGCAUUAUUACUGA